AUGGAGCGGGAGAUCGACAGGCGGAUCAGAGCGGCGUCAGCAGUGAUGCGGACGUUUAACCGAUCAGUGGUGGUGAAGAAAGAGCUGAGCCGUAAGGAGAGACUCUGGAUUUACCGGUCGAUCUACGUGCCGAUCCUCACCUAUGGUCAUGAACUUUGGGUAAUGACCGAAAGAACAAGAUCGCAGAUACAAGCGGCUGAAAUGGGUUUCCUCCUCAGGGUGUCCGGGCUCAGCCUUAGAGAUAGGGUAAGGAGCUCGGACACUCGGGAGGAGCUCAGAGGAGAACCGCUGCUCAUCUGGUUAGGACGCCUUCUGGACGCCUCCCGUUAG